GAAUGUAUUGCGUAUGGUGUAGGCGGAUUUGGGAUGCAAAUGGUGAUAUGACAUAUGAUAUGGGAUGGAUAUGCACAUGCCCCAUACGUCACGGCUUUGUCAUCUUUGUACGGGAUGCAUGACGAGUGUUCUCGGGCCUGGACGCUCGGCCUCACAGCGUGAUUGGUGGCUCCCAGAAGAACAUGGGUGCCACGGGGAAGCUCGCCACAUUGAGCCCAAGGAGCUCAGAGGUGGCGAGAUGGAGGCAGAUGAGAUAAACAAUCUCUUAGCGGAGCUGACUGCCCAAGAUGAGACUGAUUUGCUUGAGGAACAGGAGUCGGACAACGGAAGCGAUUUUAGCGAAGGUGACGAGGAGAACCCAGAGGAUAGCGGCACUGGAGGAGUUGAGGUGGAAGACAUUGAAGCCCUGGUCACGGAUGUCCAGGAUCAUGUCUUUGGAGAACUCCGGAUGCCCUAUCAACUGGUGCAAGACAUUCAGAAUGGUUGGCAAGCCUUUAUCACCUCACAGGGAUCCAGGGACGCGGUCGGUGAGGCAAUCUAUGCGGCCAUUUUUGAUGCUGCUCCUGAAUUGCAACACCUCUUCAAGACUGCGCGGUCCAUCAUGGCCAUGAAGUUUGUCGUUGGCUUGAACUCCCUGAUCACAGAACUUGGAAACCCUGCGCAGCUUAAGGUCGUCACAGAGAUGUUGAGCUUUCAGCAUUUGGACAUCCAGGUGACCGGUCCUCGAGCCGCUGUUUUCCGGGAUGCCAUUGUGGAGUUGCUCGAGAUGGAGCUGGGCUCUGCUUUGACCCCACAGGUGAAGGCUGGAUUCCAAGCUAUUCUGAACUACAGCGCGGGUGCCAUGAUCUACGUGCGAAGAGAAUAUUCCGACCGAAUUCAACUCCUACGCACCAGUUGGCUAGCCGCGAUGCAUGCUCGACUCGGGCAGGAUGAGGAAAAGGAUUUCACCAAUGAUGACAAAGAACUCGAGAAGUUUCGCAACGACGAAGGACUGCCAGAUCCAAACAGCAAACGUGCCAAGAAGAUCCAAGCAACCAAAGUCCCGGAGAACUUCAAUGAGAUGUUCUUGUUCAAUGCAGCUGUUAUGGGCUUUCACACUGGCAUUGAGUGGAUGAUGCAAGUCCUCGACCAGUUUGAAAACAUGGUUUUGAACGCAUCAAAUGUCAAUCGCCUCCAAGAGGAGUGUGAUGUGCUGGCUUUGCGCCUCAUCAAGAUCAAGGAGCCCAUCGUGUUUUCUGAAUUCAAGGCAAUCAUGCUGGCAUCAUUGCGCUCUUUGGUCCCCAAAGUAUGGGGCGUCGAGCAUGAGGUUGCUUGGACCUGGUUCUGGGACAACUUGGAGCGGAUGAUCAAAGCCCAGAUAGGUCAGUUGAAAGGACAGCAAAGAGCUGUUGAGCGAUUCAUCCGGAAUCUAUCGGAGGAAAGCGUGCCAGAGCUUUGCCGGGACGUUUACCGACGCUUCUUUGAACAGACUCCAAGUGGGCAGAACUACUUCAAGCAAUCCACCACUAGGUUGUACUUCAUCGCGGGCAAGGUCUUGGAGUUGUGCAUGGAGAUCUAUCAACGGCCGCGUGACAUGGUGGAGGACAUUUCUGCGCUGGGCCUUCGGCACGUGGGCUAUGGAAUUCUCACCGAGCACUUCUCGCCAUUCGUUGAGGCUUGGAGCCAGGCGAUCUAUGCCAGGAACGUGGAUGAGAAGACCUGCGCUUCCCUGCGAUGGUCCUUGACCCUCAUAUCAAAAACCUUGGUGCGGACAAUCAUCGAGGGUUCCACCUUGGUGAUGAGGGCCAUCAACACCAAUAGCGCAAACAAGUUCAAGAAGGCCAUCAUGGUCACUGCGCGGAACCAACGAGAGCAGGAGCUCCUGAAAGUGACCGUUGGAACACAAUCUAUUUCACCCCUAUAUUGGGCUAUCAAGAGUGGGGCAUUCAAUGUGGCGAGGGCCAUGAUUACAGAUUUGCUGACCAUACGCGCUGACAGGGACAACUACUAUUUCGGAUGCGAUGCCCUUUUUGAGCGCCACCCUGACAUUCUACAGGAAUGCUGUGCUGUCAGAGGCCAGAAGCUGCUCCCCACUCUUUUUGAUGGAUUGAUUUGGAGAUCGAGAUCGUCAGUGAAGAAGCUGCGCAGAGUGAACUUUUUUGUGAAGCACCUGAUUCAGAACAGCGACAACACAUUCAACACCUAUCUCCCUGCGAUUGUAAAGUUGAAUGACCCCAAGUUGAUUGGCCAUCCGGUUGUCAGCUUCGUUUUCAAUUUGCUAUGGACACACCUUGCACGAUAUUACUUCCUGCGAAGCAGGCUUUUGUUUCUAUUUCUGGUGCUUAUGGCGGUCACGUCACAAAGCAUUCUGCCUCGAAUCAACCCACGAGCUGAAUCAGAUUCACAAAGAAUUGCAUUGUUUAUUUGUCGCGUGGUUUUGUACUUCGUGGAUUUGCUACCGCAACUUCUGGAACAUGUUCGGCUCACAGUGCGGGAUUGUAAACAACGCUCCCUCUUCUACGUGGGUGGAUUUGUACCGGCGCCCGCAUACUUGAACAAUCUGCCGCGCGUUGGCCAAUUGGCACUGAUCUUUUGCAUGCUGCUGAUGUUUAUUCAAGAGCCAAUUUUGGCAUGUUUCAGCAACAUGCACGGAGACUUUGCUGGAUCCGGCCUUUUUACGACACAUUGCCCUGAAGCAGAAAGGAGACUGGAUGCCUACUCUGUUGUCUCGGAACUCACGGUGUUGCUGCACUGGGCACUACUAGUGGACCUGUGCAUUUUCUCCUUGCGUUUUUGCUGCUACUUUCUGACCUGUUCGCGGGUGUUGGUGGAGCUGCUUCAUUAUGGUAGUGCCGUGCUUUUCAUCAUCCUGGCAUUCUCCUGUGGAAUUGGGGCUUUUGGAUCCACGAUCAUGGAUUUUGAUAGUAUUCCUUCAGGAGCCCUCUCUUUGCUCAAGAUUGUCAUUGGCAUGUUUGAACGGAACCGCUUUGAAGCUCUUCGGGAAAUUCCUCAGAUCUACACUGUUUUGGUCAUCUUUAUCAUGUUGACCUUGGUCUUUUUGGGAAGCUUGCUGAUUGCUCAGAUUGCAGGAGCUUACCACAACUUCCUUGUAGACAUGCAGAACUAUGCGGUCCUUUUCCGCAGCGGGAUCACUAUCGACACGGUGCGGUCUGUCCGUCCGAAGAAGUGGGCCGCUUUUUUAUCCAGCUUGGGCUUUGAGGAGCGCAUCGAGUUCAAUGAAGGGGACGUGGGCUUGGCCGGUGGAAUCCAAAUUCUGGAGCCCGCAAACUUAAACCCUACCCUGGUGGAGACGGUGCGUCGCUAUGGAGGCUCCACAUCGGUGGACACUCCAUGGCCGGAUGAGGACGCCUUGGACAGGUCGAGUCUGGAAGCUAGGUUGAAGCACAUAGAAAAGCUGCUGGUCAGGGCGACCAAGGCGAUGACAGGCGAAAAGAAGGUCGGAAGUGAGGACUCGCAAGGCGGAUCAAGCGCUUCUUUUCUCGGUAGCUCCGCGGGGGCUGGUAGCAGCGCUAGCGCUGGCUGAUGUGGCGAGAGAUCGUGACACGAAAUCGUCGCUCAAAGUGACGUGCCUUGUCGCAAGUGCAUGUCACUGUGGGUCACAGCGAGAGCUUUGUCACACUCGCCGGCUUCAGAUCGAAGCGUAUGACAUUUGUAACAAGGAUAAGGGUGCUACCGCAGUAUGUUUGCUUGGCCGGGC